AUGUGGGUUUGGGUCAUCAGCCUGCUGCCUGCAGCAGCAGAGUGGCCUGCCAGGUGCCGGGUCUUCAACCCCGAUUUCUUUGAGCAGGCAGAGAGAGACUUCCUACCAUUCCAUGGGCUCACGCCCUGGGACUCACAGCGAGCAAAAAACCUCUGCCGCUCGAGUGGGCAGGCAUGCUUUGUUGUCCAGGUCCGAAACGGGCAGGUGUUUAUUUCGGAGGAGCAGCCGGGCUUCCAGAGCCGAAACCGCCUCACAAUGGCGAUGCUCCAUCGAGUUUCAACCAAAUUCGGGCCUCUUCCAGAUGCUGAAUUUGUCGUUGACACAUCCGAUGGCUAUGCUGAGAUCGCGGCGCCAAUUUUCGUCAUCUCUAAGUUCCCAGGGUCAGCAGGUGGAAUCCUGUAUCCGGACUUCUCCUCCUAUGCGUGGCCCGAGUCGGAGUGUCCCUCGGAGGCUCCUGGCUCCCAUGUCUGGUCCCAAGUCCUGGCCAAGAUGGCAGAGGUGCCGUCCUGGUCUGAGAAGACCGAUUCCUUGUUCUGGCGGGGUGCCGCUACCUCGACGUAUAGGAGGCAGAUCGUGCCCUUCCUGGCCUCUUUAGAGAAGUCUAACGUGUCCAUGAUGGAGUGGGUCAUCGGCCCAGAAGGACAGCGACAGGUAGUCAGCAGUGGCAGUGACAGCUGCAUACCAAUCCACGAAUGGUGCCAGCACAAGUUCCUGGCCAAUCUACCUGGGAACACCAUGGCUCUGGCUUUGAAGUACCGACUGUUUUGUGGCUCCGUGGUGCUGUCGAGCCCCUUCCUGUACCACGAGUGGUAUUACUCGCAGCUCAAGGAGAGUGAACACUUCAUGGCGUUCGACCUCCGUUGGUCGGGGGCAGACGAAGUCUUGAAGGAGUUGCGGGGACCUUCGAAGGCCCUGGCAGAGGCAGUCUCAAUGAACGCAAGACGGUGGGCACAAGAUCAUCUCACCGACGACGGGUUUGACUGCUAUUGGCUGCGCCUCAUCCACCUUGCGAGCCGACACUUUCCGCAUCCACAGCACACCUUACAUGUGAUUCCACUGGAAAGUGUGAUGCUCGGAAUGCGCCCUGUGCAGUCUGCCAGCGUGGAUGUCCUGAUCGUGAUUCCAUCCCGAGCUGCGGAUUACCAAUUAAUGGAUCAUGCCAGGAGCACGUGGCUUCGCAGCGGACACAAAGACGGCGUAAGCCAUCGUCAUUUCUUCGUCAUCGCCAGUGCCGAUCCUGACUUUGAGCUGCUGCAGAUCGGGGGCGUGUCGCCGCAUGGUGAAGAUGACGUGCUCGUGGUCGAGUGCAAGCAUGGUUACACGCAGCUGCUGCAGAAAAUGGUUGCGGCAUAUCGGACUUUGCUAGAACGAUACACGGUAAAAUUCUUCAUACGUGCUGACGUCGAUUCUAUGCUUCCGCUGCAAUUUCUCCUGCCGCUGCUUGACCAUGCUGCGGCUGGACGAUGCCUUGUCCUCCUGUCCGAAAGCAGCAAUUGUGGACACAUCAGGCCAAGAUGGCAGAUGCCUGCAAUCGGUCACUUGCAAUGCCAAGUUGAGUGCGCAAUGGACCGUGGCUGCCACUAUUUUCACGUUAGCCCGGACGGGGACUGUGCUACAUUCAGUCAGUGCGUACUGGAGAUGGCAAGUGGAAAGGUUUUUCAGUACAGGAUGCGUGGUCUUCUCGGCGAGCAUGCGCAGAGACCUCUGGAGAGUCCACGUCGGCCUUUUGUCUUGGGAACGAUUCUCCAUGGCAACAAGGUCUUGACCAACGACACGCACAACCCGCAGUGGAACAACCUUCUCUACCGUCACGACCUGGGCUUGGGGGUGUACCCCCCAUACCCAGAGGCGUCGGGCUAUGCCAUGUCAUCUGACAUUGCAGCUUUCCUGGCGAGCGUUGGAACUGGUGCACUUUCUGAUUUGAGCUGGAAUGCAUGGGCCAUCGAGGACAGUGCGAUGGGAACCAUCUUGGCAGGUCUGAAGUUCGACAUGCUACAGCUGCCUGCUGAAAUACGCGAGCAUAUUCGGGACAUCGCGGUUGUUGUCCGGUGUCCAGCGCAAAGCAUGACCAAUGACUCCUGCGAAGUGAUCCUGGACGAGUGCCACAUCAUUGCCGAUUCCAUCGCAUCCGUCUAUGAGAACGUUGGUAUUUACAAGCGACCUUUACAGGCGAGGCUCAACACCCUUCACCUUACGGAGGACGGCUAUCGCUGGGCAGAGGGGCAGCUAGGCAUGGUACCGGUCCACCGCCGAGCGGCACUGAAAUUCCUCAAGUCUCUCGUUAAGAUGCUGCUCGGUGAGAGUGCUCUAUGGGAUGAGUCAAUUGAGCAUGACGAGAUCUUCAAAGAUGUGCCGGACAUGGGCGAUCCCUGCAGUGUGCCGCAGGAGCCUAUCUCCGAAGCUGAAUCUCUCCUACAGACCAGCAGGGAUCGCAACGAGCGCCGCAACGCCUGGGCUGCUCGCAUUGCGCGGUACUUUGCCUACUGUGUGGAUGGUGGCAUCAUGGGUGAGCGCUUCACGUUUCCCCUCCUCAUCCAAGCAUUGGGUCGAGUGUCUUCUGCUGAUGUCGACCGGCAGAUGAAGGAAGUAAUCGACUUCGUGCUGCACGUGAACAAGCGGGAUGGCUGGAAGUCGAAUCUCUUCCUGGAAGAGAAGCCUGUAAGCUUGAUCGCCAUGACGAAGGAAUCUGAAGCCUUUGCAGAGUAUUCCUUCAAUGACAUCAUCAUGCGCCAUCUCGUUUCAGAGGGCUAUGUUGAGAGUGAGCUGAAGAAGCGACCCCCUGGUGCGGGUCUCGACUAUGCCGACUUGCUCGCACAGCUACUGACUGACGAAAGCGUCGGUUUGGGUCUUCGAACUAUGGUUUGUCGGCACGUGUUGGACAUGCUUGGUGGUACGAAUGACCGGGAGGACACCAAGUUCGAGAAGACAGUGAAGCAGCUGGUUCCCGCUCUGGUCAAGGUGAUGGUCGGAUCAAACCAUAUCCUGAUGUCCUACGCGACUGCGUCCCUGGUGAACCUUUCCUGCGGUCGACAGAACAUGAAGCAGCUCCUAGUCUCGCACGGUGUCAUUUCCAUGUGUGUGAAGCAGUUGAAGACGAAGCAUGACGAGCUCACAUUGUACACACUUUUCCUUCUGGUCAACCUCACGAAGACGCCUCACCACAGAUACAUCGUGGUGCGAGAGGGUGGCGUGCCCUUGUUGGUGGACAUCUUGACAUCUUCCUACCAGAACCUGCGGAAGCAGCGCAUUCUGGCAGAGGUAGCCAGCGUGCUGGGUCAGCUUUGCAACGAUCCUGAGACUCGCAGCCUGAUUACAGAAAGCUUCCCGGUUGUCCCGUGUUUGCUUUGGGUAAACGAUGCGGCACAGCCGAACACGAAGCUGAAGUCAAAGCUUUUGUUUGCCCUGCGGCAGCUUUGCCUGUUGGGACAGAACAAGCUCAAGGUGGGUCCCCACAUCAUCCCCGUGAUGCUCGAGGAGCUUGCGUUAGCGAACUGGGCCAACGAGGAGUGUGCAACAAAUUUGGUCCUGCUGCUCGUGAGCCUGGCAAGCGUGAAUACCAAUGCCCUUCUCAUGGCGGAUCAGAUCAAAGCCUCGCUGGAAACCUGCGGUAUUCUCAAAGAUGGUUUGCCGGCCAAGAACAACAAGCUGGCGAACCACCUCUGGCCCAAGGUUGAAGCCUUGCUGAUUCGCAUUGGCGACGCGAGAGCUGCCCAGGGUGACUUUUAG